AUGCAGAUUUCUCGUUGUGGCAUUCAUGGAUUCCAUGAAGUUCUUGGAAUUGACACUGAUGAAAUUCGGUUCCAUUGGACAAUCGAGACAGACGAUGAAUGUGCGAAACAACUCGCCUAUCGCAUCGUGGUGACGACCGAUGCCGAGCUCUCAGAUGUGGUCUGGGACUCCCAGCGCGUUGACAGCAAUGUGCAAAGAAACAUCAUCUGCAAACCCGACAAUGGCUUUCAGUCAAUCACAAGUCAUUUUUGGAGAGUUACAGUAUGGGACCAGAACAAUCAAACCCACCACAGCGCUGUGAACCAUUUCUUUACAGCCUACCCCCGAUCCCGACUCCUGCCGCCCUACAGCAUGAACCAGACAUACAUGCCGCACACCAGUCUGAUCUUCAAAUCUUGGUUCGAAGACGCGCCCAACCGCUGGAAGGCAGUCUGGAUCGGUGAUGGAGGUGAUAAACCCAUCUACUUGCGAAAGUCCUUCCAACUUUCCCGAAAACCCGAGCGGGCAAUUCUGUUCGCUUCUGGACUCGGCCAUUUCAACAUGUCAGUGAAUGGCCAGCCUGCAUCAAAUCACCGCCUCGAUCCUGGAUGGACAAACUACCAUCGCCGAGUUCAAUUUACAUCGUAUGACGUGACAGAGCAUCUGGCGGCAGGCGGGAACGCGCUGGGCGUUCAUCUGGGCAAUGGGUUCUAUGCUGGCGAUAAGGGUGGUGACGGGCGCUUUUUCUGGCCCAUGUACGAGGACAACACUUACGUACGAUACGGCAAUGAACUUUGCUUCUUUGGCGAGUUGCAUCUGUUUUACGGAGAUGGGGAGAGCGAGGUUUUGAUUUCCGAUGCUUCUUGGAAGGUCAAGAAGAGCGCCACUACCCUGGCGAACAUUUAUGCAUCUGAGGAUCAUGACCGACGACUUUACCCUGUUGGAUGGGACUCUGCCUCCUAUGACGACUCUGACUGGGCUCCUAUCAAGCCUUUGACGGGCCCCAGGGGGCAUAUUUUCUAUCAAAGCCAACCUCCUGUCGUGUUGCACGAGGCCUUUGAGCCGGUCAAGGUCCAUAGCCCUAAGAAAGGUGUUGUUUGCUAUGACUUGGGUCAAAACUCUUCGAUUUCUGUCGAACUCGCGAUCGAGGGAGCGGCUGGCUCAGAGGUUCUCAUCCGAUACUCUGAGACGGUCAACGAUGAUGGUACAGUCUUGAUGCCAGAUCCCCUGUUCAAGGAGUUCGAAACAGGGGUUUAUUCUAAGAUUACCCUCGCUGGUACUGGACAGGUCGAGAAAUGGGAACCCGACUUCAGCUUUACAAGUGCGAGAUACAUUCAAAUCGAAGGUGUCUCAUUGAACUCUGGCGAUGGAUUGCCUGUUAUCCACUCCGUUGUUGGUCGUCACAUUUCCUCGGCAGCGAGAAAGCUUGGAACAAUGACAACCGACAAGGAAGACGUCAAUCAACUUCUGAAUGCACUGUACUGGACUUUCAGCAGCAAUCUGUUCAGCUAUCACACAGACUGCCCACAAAUUGAGAAGUUCGGCUGGCUGGAAGUCACCCACCUGCUCGCUCCAGCUACCCAAUACAUCCGUGACAUGGAGUCUCUGUACACUAAGAUCCUCGAUGAUAUCCUUGAUAGUCAAGAGCCAAGUGGCCUAGUACCAACGAUGGCACCUGAGAUUCGGUACAUGUGUGGUCCCUUGCAUGACACCAUAACAUGGGGCUGUGCGUUGUGCCUUCUCCCUGAUAUCUUGCGACAGUACUAUGGGUCUACUCAUGUCAUCCAAAAGGCCUACCCAGCCGCCGUGCGUUAUAUGGAAUACAUGCAGACCAAAGAGCGAAAGGGUGGUCUCAUCGAGCACGGACUUGGCGAUUGGGGUCGAGGUAUAGCUUUCGGCAACAACCAAGCAAACAUCGAAACAGCGAUCUACUACCGCUGCCUCCAGUGCGUGGAGAUGAUGGCCCGAGAACUCGGCAAGCUUGAGGACGCUCAAAAAUUCAAGGCUUGGUCUUCUCGUAUCUACGAUGCCUACAACCACAACCUCUUGGUUACAGAUGACGCAGACCGUCCUUACGCCUAUUACACCUCCCUCGACAACUACCCAGCGCGAGACUGCGACGCAAUUGCCCAAGCAAUGGCGCUGCAAUUCGGUCUCGUCCCCGAGUCCCACAAGAAAGACGUGAUGGCUGCAUUCCUGGAAGAUGUGGCAGAUGGCAAGAUUCGUGCUGGAGAAAUCGGUCUUCGGUUCCUUUUCAACACCCUGGCCGAUGCGAACCGCCCAGAUCUUGUCUUGAAGAUGGCAAGACAGGAAGAGCAUCCUUCAUAUAUGCGAUUUUUGCGCCGUGGCGAGACUACGCUCUUGGAAUUCUGGCAAGAUGCAUGCCGAAGCAAAUGCCAUGACAUGCUGGGUACAAUCUAUGAGUGGUUCUACGCGGCUGUUCUUGGAUUGAAGCCUGUGCAAGAGGCCUACCGGACCUUCUCGAUUGAGCCUCCAUAUGCGUCUGAAUUUGACUUUGUCAAGGGUUCUGUGGACUGUCCGUAUGGGUUGAUUGAGGUUGAGUUUAAGCGCGAAGGUAGUUCCAUGAGCUUACAGCUAAGAGUUCCAUUUGGGACAGAGGCGACUGUUUCUCUCCCUGGGGACAUGAAGGGAGCGACUUGUAGUGGCAAGGUGGAGAAAUCUGUGACCGGCACAGAGUUGUCGCUUGGCCAUGGAUUGUACACUGUAUCUAUUCAACUAUAG